UACCACUUGGCAACAGCGUGGUAACUGUCAAACUCAACGUGGGCUGUCAAACGGUAGUAUUUAUUUGUUGCUCAUAUAUGUUUGCUGCCGAGCCAGAAUGUCCUUUGCAUCGACUGCUAGGCGGCAAGACAUGCCCCCUCCGGGGGGCUACAAGCCCAUUUUUUACAAGAGGAAUCCUGCAAAGACGUAUUUCUCAGGUUACACUUGGAUAGCUAUUUAUUUUGGGGUGACUGCAGUAGGAGUAUUUGCUCAUUAUAUGAACUGGAAGAAGGUCCUUAGGGACGAUCUGGAGCGUAGGUCUGGCAAUUUCGCUAUAUUUCCUCUGCUGUUGGCAGAACGUGAUAGGGAAUAUUUGAAGCAGCUCAGGAGGAACAGAGAUGAGGAGGCCGAUUUAAUGAAGAACGUGGAGGGAUGGGAAGUGGGUACGUGGUACGGCGAGCCCCUUUACAAGACCCUUCCAAAAGGCACCCUUGUUGAACCUACCUAUUGGGAUUAUUAUGUGCAUGCAUCCAGCAAGGAUUAUAUAAAGAGGGCCUACCUAUGCUUGUGGUCCUAAAUACAUAUAUGCAAUUGUGUGUAGCGAUUUAAUAAUAUUGCUGUAGUCCAAUAUAAUAUUGAAGUCUUGCAAUAAAAUAACUAUUAAAUAAAGUUUAAAGUCUAUGCAAGAAGUAUAACUUAA